AGUUUCUCAGUCGCGAGUGAAACAUGAGGAAUUCAACACCUGCAAAAUUUAUGCAAUAAAACUUACACACAUUUCUCAUGAACAAACAUACAAGUUCAACAAAGUCAACCAAACCUAUCCAGCGACGCCCAAAAUUUACAGUAAAUUUUUUGUUCUACAUCCAAGCCCAGUAUCUGAUCUGUUAAUUGUUAAGUAAAACAAACGUCGCAGCAAGAACGGAAUUUAUAAAAUGCAGCAACCUCAUCUUUACUCUGUGCUCACAUUACUAAUCAUAUUGAUUGGCUGUGUACGUGCAUUUCCUGUCCUUGACUCCGGAGACGAUGCAGAUUCUAAAACUGAAGUGCAAUCGGAUGCAAACGUGAUAGACAAUUUAGUUCAGUCCGUGGAGAAUGGUGGGAACGAAGGACGAGAUGAGGAGCAUGCAGAUUACAAAUUGAUGCUCAAGAGUGAAGAAGUUCAUCCAAGUAGCAACAAACGUUCAUUUUGGAAGGACCUGAAGCGCGUUGAAGAAAAACAACAAUUUGCCAAGUUUUAUCGUCCCGAAACUCGCUCCGUGACCCCUUCCAUCGAAGACGGAAUAAUAUUCCCCUCCGCAUCGUCUAACAUUGAGACUUAUAGUACCUACAACCGUGGGUUUUCUGACCGCUACAACAAACAUCGGCCUAAUAUUCCCACGCCACAAGUUGGAAUUCCAUUUAAUUUUAAUAUACCGCUCCCAUUUCCUUCAGCUUCUUCUAAUAUUAACAACUACAGCAAUCGCAGUCCUCAACUACUGCAAACGCAAAACUCGAACACUAACGAUUUUCUUACAACGGAACAAAACGUUCUUCUGUACCAGACGCUGGUUCAAUUAUUUCAAGGACUAUUUUCCGGACAGAGAAAUAAUAAUAAUAAUAAUCGACUUCUCUGGGACGGGCAACAGUCCACCAGACGACCUUCCAGCAGAACCAACGAACCACCGACACCGGGACUGGCGGCUGUUGAGGAGCUCGAUGGCGUAAAUUAUCAGUCCCUCUACUCUGGACCUCGAGUGCAGAAGUCUCCGUGUCCUCAAGGAAUGCAUUGGACGCAGGGAGGCGGAUGUCACGAAAAGACGCCUCGGAAACUUUUGAAUUCGAAUGGAUAACUGAAAUUCAAACUGUAACAGCGAAUUUUUGUGAUCUUGCUUACCAUUACAAUAGUUUAUUUUUCAUAAUGAAUAAAACACGUAAUAAAACUUUGUACAUAGCAA